AUGCCACCAGCGACAAAGAAGCCUACGCCCGCUACCAAGUCAACGGCUCCCAAACCUCCCGCUAAGCUGUCGACGGGCACUGCUGCGGGCCAAUCAGCGAACAGAACACCAGUGCCGGCAUCUGUCAAGAGGAAGAAGAAGGACGACCUGGGUGCUGGGCUGCGAAUCUCAAAAGACAAUGUUGAUGCGCAUCCAGCUGGGCCGCCGCGCUAUGGCGAGCUGACACAGGCAGAGAGAGCAUUCACAUUGGCCUCGACCUUUUUGUCUGGAGUGCUAGCCAUAAGCGCUUCACAGUUCCUAGGCGCGCCGUUGAAACUCAUCGAUCCUCAAUUCUACGAUGGGUAUAUGGCCUAUACCAAAGAAUGCUUCGCCAUCCUCAUCACCUGCCUGACCCAAUGGUGGGCGCCAACAGUCGUCCGCGUCUCUGGAGACUCCACCAUGGUCGGCCAGCUCAUCAAGCGCAAAGAUGGUUCUCUUCAAUGUAACUUUGCCGACCGUAUGGUCCUCAUGGCGAACCACCAGCUUUAUACCGACUGGCUUUACCUAUGGUGGAUCGCCUACACGAACAACAUGCAUGGCUUCAUCUACAUCAUCCUGAAGGAGUCGUUGAAGAACAUACCCAUUAUCGGGUGGGGCGCACAGUUCUACAACUUCAUCUUUUUAUCGAGGAAGUGGGAAGAGGAUGAAAGAACUUUUAAGAAGCACCUUUCCAAGUUGAAUAAGAAGGGAGAUCCUAUGUGGCUCAUUAUUUUCCCCGAAGGAACGAACCUGUCUCCGACGACUCGGGAAAAAAGCAAGAAAUGGGCUGAGAAGAAUGGACUCCAGGAUAUGAAGCAUCAGCUACUUCCUCGCAGCACUGGUUUAAAAUUCUGCCUCAACGAGCUAAAAGAUACUACAGACUGGCUUUAUGACUGCACCAUUGCAUACGAAGGUAUACCACCGGGCCAAUAUGGACAGGAUAUUUUUACCCUCCGCUCCUCGUUCUUCGAAGGCCGACCCCCGAAAUCCGUAAACAUGCACUGGCGCCGCUUCCGUCUCGCCGACAUUCCCUACGAAAACACACACGCAUUCGAAGUGUGGCUAAGAAACCGCUGGCGAGAGAAGGACUACAUGCUUGAAUACUUCAACCGCAACAACCGGUUCCCCGCCGAAGACUUCUGGAAAGACCACCUGGACAUGGACAUCCGGAGCGAGUCCAGCCGCAGCAACGGCAAAACCAUCCGCACCGUCCCCCGUCCCGCAGUCCAGAUCGAAACCGAAGUCAAGAGCGGCAACUGGAACGAAUUUGUCAAAAUCUUUGCGCCAAUCACAUCCAUCAUGAUGGCCCUGACCGUCGCCUACGGCGCCUCUCCCGACGACAUACCCAUACCCGGCGGCAAAGAAUUCUUCGAAAAUCACAUGAAGAUGCUCCUAGGCCAAGGCACCGGCGAUAUGAGCAAACUCCCUAGCCCGGAUCAACUCGAAAAAAUGAUCGAAGGCGCUGCAAAAAUGGGCGCCGAACAAGCCGCCUCUCCAAACCAAAUGUCAAACGUCCAACGCCUCACUCAAGAAAACCUCGCGAAACUCGUAAAGGAAACAGCAAUAUCAAGCGGCGCCGUCCUACCAAACGGCAUGCGUCGUCCAACCUCAACGAUGCCACCACCACCAAAGACCCUCCAACCCCCCAACAUAACUGCUAAACUUCCAAUCCGUAAAGCCCAAAGCGCCACCGCCGCUGCGAUAGGACCAGCAACCAAGAAACCCUCCCCUUCCACCCCUUCAAAACCCAGCACCCCCGCAAAGAAACCCACACCCAACGGCCCCACAAAGGACGUCCUCCUCGCCUCAGGCGUCACCAUCAAAAUCCCCCAAACACAAGCUGAGCAAGCGAAGCAAACAGGUACCGUGACUCUCAACAAUGGCCUUGUGAUUAGAGUUGAUAAAAAGGAGAUUGAGGAGGCGCAGAAGAAGGGGAACGAAAGUCCCGGAGGAGGAGGCACCGUGGUGACGAAGAGUGGGGUGCCGAUUAAGAUUACGUCUGGGGGUGGGGUGGGGAAGAAGGUUGGAGGGGGAGGGAAGAAGGUAGGUGGUGGACCGAAGAAGAUUUGA